CAUCAGUGAGCGUGUUGCGCUUUAGCAUCAGGCUCACUUCCAACGGGAUCCCCGUCUCGAAACGUUUUUGUAGCAUACUUUCACAACACUAGUUCUGUUUAUAUAUCCGUGUACAAUUAUUUAUCCAACGGAUCAUCAUUUCCUGCAACGGAGUUUGUGUCUAUACUCUUUUUUUUAUUUCAAUGCGGUCGGGAAAUGAAUAUGCAACGUUAGCUGUUAGAGGUAGGUUAACGUUAGCUGUUAGAGGUAGGUUAACGUUAGCUGUUAGCCUUUAGCCACUCAGGCCCGCACAAAGGCCGUGGUCACCGCCUAGCUUUUUAAACAAUGUAUCCAUCCUGGGGCAAUUAUGGGGCACCCCAGUCCCAAAACUUUGCAGGGACUCCUGGAGCUGGUCCCCACCGGCCGCCUGGAGGUGGCCACGCCGCCCCGGCACCGGGGUUCGGCGGCUUCGAAGCCUCGUCCGGCGGCUCGAUGUUCUCCAGUCUCCAGGAGCAGCACAGACAGCAGAUGCAGCAGCUGCAGAUGCUGCAUCAGAAACAGCUGCAGUCCGUGUUACACCACGGCAGUAAUGCCAACGCGUACGGUGGCGGACAAUCGGUCGGGUAUCCUGGAUCGACGUGGCAUACAGAAGCACCAGGACAUCCUGACAGUGGUGGCGGGGCUCUGUCGUACUAUCAGAAAGACGAGACGCCCACCCAGCCGCCCAGAGGGCCACCUGCCUCUCAUCCUGGUCACGCACAGCCUCCGCCCCUUCCAGCGCAGGUCCACCCCAACGACCCCCAACCGGGCCCUCCACCUCCAGAGCCCCAGUCAUCCAAACCACCGGAGAACCCCGGUGCUCCCAAAGCCCAAGGGGCCACCAACACCUCUGCAUCCACGACAGAGGAUGAGAACUCUUUACUUCUGCAGGAGCAACAGCAACAAUGGUAUAAACAACAUCUUCAAAACCUACAAAAGUUGAAGCAAGAGAAAGCCAGACAGAAUCAGAGAGAGGGGGAUGGUCCUUUGCCGCCGCCACCCUGCGGCAAAGCAGCUCCUCCUCCUCCAUCAGAACCACAAAAAGGUGCACCACCUCCACCCCCUCCUAAAGAGGAGCCCCCAGCACCACCUCCACCGCCUGAUGAGGCAGGGUCUGAGGUCCCACAAGAUCCAGAGGAGGCUGCCCGCCUACAGCAGUUACAGGCUGCAGCAGCGCAGUGGCAAAAGGUGCAGCAACAGAGAGCAGGCCUACAAUACCAGGCUCUCAUGCAACAACAUGAAAAGCUUCAGCACAUCCUGGAAAAAUACCAACAGUUGAUCCAGCAACCAGUAAACCUCCAGUCAAUGUCUGCUGAAGUGCAGUUGCGGCACUUUGAAACUCAACGGCAGCUGUUCACCCCUUUAUUCCAAGACUGGGACCACUCUUUCGUCUUGUGGUAUGAGCAGUUCAAGACCUAUCCCCACAAAGACCAAUUGCAGGACUAUGAGCGCCAAUGGAAACAGUGGCAGGAGCAAAUGAAUGCCACCAAUGCCCACCUUCAAGAAAGGGUGGCUACUCUCACUGCCAUGGUGCCAUUCCCCUCCAGCCAGUUUAGUAGUGGUAUAAUGGGACAAUUUGGCCCAUACCCUGGACAAAACAUGCAGAUGCAGCAGCAGCAGCCAGCUAUGCAGCAUUCCCCACUCGGUGGUGGACCAAACGCUCAAGGUUCACGGCCAACUGGUUUUGGGACACAUUCAGAAUCCUCUGCUGGACCCCCUGUCAGAGGAGCGGCCCCUGCCAACAUAGGAGUCAGACCCCCGGGUCCCGCCCCGAGUCAGCCUUCAAGCAUCAACAGUGUCAGAGGUCCAUGUCCAGUUCCCAGCGAAAACAGCCCAAGAUUUGACCGGCCCAGGCAAGGUUUUGAUGGUCCUCCGAGGUUUGACCAACCACAGCAGAGAUUUGAUGGUCCCCCAAGGUCCGACCAAUUACAUCAGCGCUGUGAUGGUCCUCCAAGUUUUGACCAAUCACAGCAGCUCUUUGAUGGCUCCACAAGGUUUAAUCAAACACACCAGCGCUUUGAUGGUCCCCCCAGAUUUGACCAAACCAGGCAGCGAUUUGACGGUUCUCCAAGAUUUGACCAACCAAGGCAGCGCUUUGAUGGUCCCCCCAGAUUUGACGGUCCCCCCAGAUUUGACCAACCAAGGCAGCGCUUUGAUGGUCCCCCCAGAUUUGACCAACCUAGGCAGGGCUUUGAUGGUCCCCCCAGGUUUGACCAAUCUCGAUUUGGACAGCAGCCUAGGUUUGAGCAGGUCCCACGGCUCCCCACUACUCCACCUGUUUUUCAACGUGCACCUGCACCUCAGCAAAAACCACAGCAAGUGACCCAGCCCAAAGACCAACAAGUUACUAAACAACCUGCCACUAUGGAUUCCAAGUUAUCUGGCCUGCCUCAGUCUGAAAAAGAAAAAAGUGAACCAAAAUCAGCUGGUAAGGCCAAUGCUGACGAUCUGACAGAUGACAACUUGCUUGCAUCAGAGGGCUUUUUUGUCCAAAGUGACCCCAUUCCUCAGACAUUGCAAUCAAUACCAAACUCUGAGGGAGUAGAUGACAAUAACGCUGCUAAUGAUGACAAGGAUGUCCAACCCAGAAACAGUACUCCAUCUGUAACUGGUCCUUCUAGUGGGACUUCAAAAGGUACUGCUACACAAAAUCCCCUCAAACCAGAUGAAAGAAUGACAAACAACAAACCCCCACUGGUUCCAAAGCCCCCUGUAAUCCAACAGAAGCCACAAGCUUCUGACCAAAUGCUGUCAAGACCAGAUCCACCAAGACUUCCCCCAGGGAGGGGACGUGGUCUGCCUCCAGUACCUGUCCAAGUGCGUGGACGAGGACGUGGGCAGAGGGGCCCUGGAAAUUUUAGGGGACCAAACACUGUACCACUUGGAGAGGACGUGGAAGAAAUGUCUUAUGACUACAUGCCACCAGAAGCGAAUGUGGAGGUACCCGAAGAGCAGGAAGAAUACCACUGGCAAGAUCCUUCAUACGAGCAGUGUGAUGGUGAGGAAUUGGAAGAGCCCUCCGAAGAAAUGUGGAUGCCAGGCGGACAUCACUUCCCAGCAGAGGAAGAGUAUUAUGAAGAGCCAAUAGGAGGACUCUCCAUAGGCAGAGGAGGCCCACCAAUGCUAAGAGGAGGCCCGCCAAUGCUGAGAGGAGGCCCGCCAAUGCUGAGAGGAGGCCUGCCAAUGCUGAGAGGAGGCCCGCCAAUGGGCAGAGGAGGCCCGCCAAUGGGCAGAGGAGGCCCGCCAAUGGGCAGGGGAGGCCCGCCAAUGGGCAGGGGAGGCCCGCCAAUGGGCAGGGGGGGCCCGCCAAUGGGGAGGGGUGGACCGCCAGUGGGCAGGGGUGGACCGCCAAUGGGCAGGGGUGGACCGCCAAUGGGCAGGGGUGGGCCGCCAAUGGGUAGAGGUGGGCCGCCAAUGGGUAGAGGUGGGCCGCCAAUGGGUAGAGGGGGACCGCCUAUGGGUAGAGGAGGGCCAAUGGACAGGUACUGGGAAGAUCCUGAAUCCACAGAGUACUCAGAGGAAGGGUAUCCUUACUGGGGAGAAACUAGACCUCCAAUGAGAGGCAUGAGACCCCCGUUUCCACCUGGCCGGGGUCGUCCCCCACCUGGUCAUCCUGGUUUUAUGCACCAAGGACGAGGACGGCCCCCUCACCCAGCACAUGGUCCAAUGGAUCAUGAACUUUUAGACCAUGGAAUGGAAAUUGACGAUACCGAAAUGGAUCCAAUGCAGCAUGGACAAGAUCCCCACAGCCAUCCAAAUGCCUUCGACGUAGGAAGAGGCAGACGUCGCGGGCCACCUCCUCACAAAAUGAUGGAUUCCAUGGAGGAUUCGUUAUACAAUGAAUGGCAUGAGUUGGGGUGGCAAUCACCGCAUAGCAGAGGUCCUCUUAUGCCUCCACAUGAGAUGAUCGAUUCGGGAGGAAUGAGGGGGAGAACUAUGGGUCGAGGGAUGGCAAGAGGCAUGUGGCGGCCAGGUGCAACACAGAAGGAAUCUGAAGAGGGACAUAGUGAGGGUUUUGUUGAGGAUUAUCGUCAUGGGGAACUUGGUUCUCACUGGCGGCCUCAACAGGACUAUCAUCCUGAUGACUAUGGGCAUGACGGCAAGUACUAUGAGUCUGAAUAUGACAGAGACCGCACUCCUGCGAGUGAAUAUUCUCCUCGCAUGCCACCACCACAGCCUUACAGAGAUGGCAAUUGGCCAGAGGAAAGAGAAAAAGGAAAGCCGUAUCCUUAUGGUGAACAUGAUCGGGGUAGAGGAGAACUUAGAAUUCGUGACUAUGGGGCCGACCCACCGUACCGGACGGGAGAACCACCAUACCCACUCAACUCAGCGCCUUCAGAAUGGGAUAGGCCGUCAAGACUUCCUCCACCCCCCGAGAGAAGGUAUCCUUCUGAAUUUGGGGAUCGGAGUGGCCGCUAUGAUGAGCACAGGGAAGAGCCUCCUUUGGAUGGACGUCCCGCUUUGUCUCCUGCUUCAGCUGUCACAAACUUGCAAGAGAGCUCCGUUGAUCCGGCAUCACAAGGCACAAGUGGGGCAAAUGUACUUGCUCUCUCCCAACGUCAGCAUGAGAUCAUCCUGAAAGCUGCUCAGGAGCUUAAACUCAUCAGGGAGUUGCAAGAGUGUAAGACACCUGGUACUGAACCGCAGCCUGCACCAAGCGACAUCCUGUCUGAGCUUCCGGCUGGUCUUCUUGGUUUGGAGAUCCCGCCAGACGUUAGGAAUGUUCUGAAGGGUAUGACUGCAGCAGCACAGACCGCUGUACCCAAACCUGUGUCCUGGGAUACAAAGCCUGCUGCCACAGAUUACCAGCCUUCUCUCUCCAAACCUUCAAUGAUUCCAAAGACUGUGGAUUAUGGGCAUGGGCACGAGCCUGGAGCCACUGUUGAGCGAAUCGCCUAUGGUGAGAGGAUUGUGUUGAGGCCUGACCCGACACCAUCAGACCGGGGCUAUGAAAAAGAACCUCUGGGUCCCAGAGAUCCUUACAGCAGAGACCCAUAUUACGACAGACGACUGGACCCUUACAUGGACCGCCGGGAGUACAGCCGAGAGCGGGAAUUAUACAGAGAAAAGUUACAACCUGAAUAUGAACGAGACCGAUAUGAGAGGGAGCGAUAUGUCCCACGAGAGAAAGAUGACAGCAUACAGUCCAUGGUUGAAGAAAGAUCUCCACUGGCACCUCCCUCGCGCUCAGGAUACAGGGAGAGAGAGCGGGAUCUUCGCGCAAGGUCGAGAAGUGACAGUCGUGAUCGAGAGGAACAUUAUGGAAGGCCCGGCUACGACAGGCCUCCAUACGAGCGCACCGGACUCGAUCGCAGUGCGCCUGAGCGCUACGGCCAUAGCUCCUCCCCUUACGACCGAAGAAUUUACCCAGAAGACCGAGGGCCUCCCACUGCUCCAUCCCUCCCACCUCCACCUCAGCCGGCCCCACGAGUCGAGAGGAAGCCGGAAAUCAAGAAUAUUGACGAUAUCCUCAAACCGCCAGGCAGAUCAUCUCGUCCUGAAAGGAUUGUCAUCAUAAUGAGAGGGCUUCCAGGAAGCGGAAAAGGUCACGUUGCAAAGCUCAUACGGGAUAAGGAAGUUGAAUGUGGCGGUGCGCCUCCCAGAGUUCUUGUUUUGGAUGAUUAUUUCAUGACGGAGGUUGAGAAGGUAGAGAAAGAUCCAGACACUGGGAGAAGGGUCAAGAACAAGGUUCUUGAGUAUGAGUAUGAACCGGAGAUGGAAGAUACCUACCGGAACAGCAUGCUUAAAACAUUUAAGAAGACUCUCGAUGACGGCUUUUUCCCCUUCAUCAUUUUAGACACAAUUAAUGACAGGGUUAAACAUUUUGAUCAGUUCUGGAGCGCAGCCAAAACAAAAGGCUUUGAGGUGUAUCUUGCUGAAAUCACCACAGACGCUCAAACAUGUGCAAAGAGAAAUGUCCACGGGCGAUCGCUUAAGGAUAUAUUGAAGAUGUCCAACAACUGGGAGCCUUCGCCACGUCACAUGGUGCGCUUGGAUGUCCGGUCCCUGCUUCAGGAUGCUGCUAUAGAGGAGGUCGAAAUGGAAGACUUCAAUCCUGACGACGAGCCCAAGGAGCUGAAGAGAGAGGAGGAAGAAGAGGGUGAUCUGGGCUACAUUCCAAAAAGCAAAUGGGAGAUGGACACGUCCGAGGCCAAACUUGACAAGUUGGACGGUCUGGGGAGCGGCGGCAAGAGGAAACGUGAAGACAUGGAGCACCUGGAGGACUACCUUCAGCUGCCGGACGACUAUGCCACGCGCAUGUCGGAACCAGGAAAGAAACGGGUCCGUUGGGCUGAUCUCGAAGAGCAAAAGGAAGCGGAUCGAAAGCGCGCGAUCGGCUUUGUGGUGGGUCAAACGGACUGGGAGAGAAUAACGGAUGAGAGCGGGCAGCUGGCGCAAAAAGCUCUCAACCGUACCAAGUAUUUCUAAGAAGAUAAUCUUGCCCUCCCCCCUUUCCCCUUCAUCGAAAGGUUUCCAUAAUGUGAAAACACUGAAGCUUACACACAACAAGAGACUCGUCCGUGCCGCCAACGGUUAUCAAAUCCUUAGUUAUUUCAUUGACGCGUAAUGCAGUAUACUUCUUUUCCUUCUCGCUUUUAAACAGGCACUCCGGUUAGUCUCUGAUCAAUUUGUAGGUUACAACUGUGUGCUUCUUCCGGUUAUGUAUUUGGUAUUCAGCCAUGAUUCCUGCUGUUUUUUUACUCUUCAUGCUUUCUGUGCCGUUUACCUGUAGGAAUGUUUUCUUGGAUCCAUGUAUACUUGAAAAAACACAAUAAAACAUUCACAAAAUCACUAA